CUGCAGUCUCCCUGCGCCAGUACGCUGGAGUCUCCUCUCUCCUCAGAUAGCAGUCAUCACUGGAUCAGCAGGACCUUGUCCUGAUCAGAGACUGGUUUUUUGGGGAAACCAUAUUGAUCGGUGGAUGCGGUAUUGUUUGCCAUAAAGGUCAAGAUGGGCAGCUCCAGGGAGGAAUCUCCUGAUUGGCUGCAUUGCUUCCAGGCACCAACUCGUUCAGCUUUGACAUUAUCUUCGGAUUCUGACUCUCCUCCUGAAGAUAGCCCUUUAAGGGAGGAUAAAGAUGCAGAUUCUCCAUUCAAUGAAACUUCAAAAGCAAAGUCUCCAAGAAAAAGGCUGAAAGCAGAAGAUCCCAAAUCCACAAAAAAGCAGAAAGUAAACAAUCACAAGAAAAAAGAAGGUAUAACUGGCGGGAAUGAAGGUCGCAAGAAGGCUUCAGUGGAAAAACCAUCUGAUGGGGAGCCUAAUGCACCAAAUCAUUCAGUCUGGAUGUUAUCAUCAGAUUCUGAGUCUUGUCCAGAUAAUAGCUCCAUGAGGGAAGAUUAUAUCCAUCAUGAAGAGUCAUCUGUGCAUAAAACAACUCAAUUUCCGGACAAAGAAAAGGAUGCAGUUCUUAGUGAGAAUGGUCAAGAGUCCUUGUUGAAUGAGGCUUCAAAAGAAAAAUCUCCAAAAAAACGGGUGAAAGUAGAAGAUCACAUAUCCAGCAAAAAGAAGAAAGCAAACAGUGACAUGAAAGGGAAAGGGCAUGAUGAUGGCACAGAACUUUUGGAGGAAGAAGCUUCAGAUAAGCAUACUGAACCUCAAGUCUCCUCCUCAGGACUGCCUCUGGUGCUCUCUGAGAAAGUCCAUCGAUCAAAGGCCCUUGUUGAGUGUGAAGGUGAAUCUAUAGAUUUGAGCGGGGAUAUGGGUGCUGUUGGGCGAAUAAUAAUCUUGGAUACCCCAUCCAGAAAUCAUGAAAUGUUCUUAGAUUUGAAAGGAACCAUCUAUAAAACAACAAUAGUUCCUUCCAGGACAUUCUGCAUUGUCAGCUUUGGGCAGUCAGAAGCAAAGGUGGAGGCUGUUAUGAAUGACUUUAUUCAGCUGAAACCACAAUCUAAUGUUUACGAGGCUGAAACAAUGGUUGAAGGAAUACUAGAAGGAUUUUCCUUUGAUUCAGAUGAUGAGGCUGACAAGAUGCCUAAAGCCAGUACUCGUCAAACUGAUCAAAAUGAGGGUGAUGAAGAGCAAACCAAUGGAAAAACGAAAGGGAAAGCUGAGAAAGCAUCUCAGGGGGUGGUACGAAAAAAGGGUAAAACUGCAGGAGCGAAGCCACCAAAGAAAGUAAGAAAGAAAGCUCAAGUUCAAAAGAGAACCAAGACCAAGAAAUGAAAAGGUUUUUCGUGUACACUUUAUUCUUUUAUGAUACAUACUAUGAAUCAUCAAGUAAUCAAUCCCUAGUGACUUGCUUCCAAUUUUCAUAGUCAAUAAGAAAACAACAGAAAUCAGAAUUGUGAUUUAUUUUUCUCUA